ACCUAGAGACAUAAGAAAAGAGGAGAGCUAACAUUAGACCCCUACACACAACAGAGAAACACAAAAAAAUUGGUUCUGGAAAGUGCAUUCGUUGCUGCUGAUUCAAGGAGUUUUUCUUCACUAUUUUCUGGGCUUCAAUUUGGUUUUCUGACUGAGAAUCGAAGCCGAGUGCUGCUGUUCCGUCACUAGCUGAAUUCCAUAGUUGUCUAGCUGUUAUUUUUGUGUUCUGCUAAAAUUUAAGCUGUAUAAAGAGCCGGCUAAAACCCUAAUCCCAUUGAGUGCAUAAACCCUUUGGAUCAUCUGCCUUUUUGGUUUUUCAUAUUUCCAUGGAGCACCAACGAGUAAGAACAGGCGGUGAACAUCACGAGGACACAUCAGCGACGACGCAGAAGAAAAAACGUAAAGAAGUUGCUCUCUAUGGUAACUACAGAAACUACUAUGGCUAUAGAAUUGGUCAGGAUUUGGAAGAAGAUCCAAGGUUAAAAGCUAUGAAGAAGGAGUGGUUUGAAGGCAAGGAUUGUCUUGAUAUUGGCUGUAAUAGUGGAGUGAUCACAAUCGCCAUUGCACAAAAGUUUAGCUGCCGAAGCAUCCUUGGAAUUGACAUUGAUGGUGCAAGAGUUAAUGAUGCCUAUUGGACUCUCAGGAGAAAAGUGAAGAGUAUUAGAACAGUGCCUGCAGUGGGUGACAAAUUAGCAGAAUCAAAUACUGUAAAUUGUUUAAAAGAUCCUGUGGCAGAGUCUCUUAAUAAAAGGGCAAAGAAUGAUUGUACAGCACCUCAUCAUUUGCAAGAGGGAGAUUUUCUUGACACAGUAUCCUUCAAGAAAGGAGAUUUUAUUCAGAAUUGGCAUCCAAGAGACAAUACAUCUUAUGAUACAAUUAUUUGCUUAAGUGUGUCAAAGUGGGUGCAUUUAAAUUGGGGAGAUGAGGGAGUAAUAACUUUGUUUUCCAAAGUCUGGAGGCUCCUUUCACCGGGUGGUGUCUUUAUUUUGGAGCCUCAGCCUUGGAAAUCAUACUACGAUAAUCGUCUUGUAUCUGAGACAACAAGAAUCAAUUAUCACAAUAUUAAGAUCCGUCCAGAAGAUUUUCAAGACAUACUUUUGGACAAGAUUGGAUUUAGAAUGGUAGAGGACAUAACAUCAAGUGUAUCUGGUUGCAAAACUGGCUUUAAAAGACCUAUUUUGGCAUUCUGGAAGUGAUGUAUUAAGUUAUGAAAUUGCUUUUUGUUUGACUGAAAAUUAGUGUUGUAUAUAUGUGGAUUCCAGUAGGGAGCUAUUAACAUGCUUAAAACUAGUUUGGAAUUGGCUCUACAUCUUAUUUAUAUUAUUCGCAUAACUCCUCUUUCCUCAACGACUUGAUCUUA